AUGUUUUAUUGCAGUCUUUCACAGAGUUUAGCUUUUGGGAGAUUUAGAUUGAGAUUGAAUUUGAAUUUCUGUUGGGCUUGAGAAAAAGAUAAAAUAGGCUAUAUAGAUUUUUGGAUUUUUUAUGCACUCAGCUGUGCAAUCUCUUUAAAAAAUGCCAAUACUAGAAAGAUGAAUUGAUAUUUGGGAACAUACCAUAUCAUUUAUCCCAUCAAUAUGCAGUUUCCAAGGAUUAUCUAUAUGCAAUUAUCAUUCUUUAAUAGCAAUAUACAUGAUGACUCAGAGCAAGGAGUUCCAGAUGGGCGCUAUUUCUUACUGAUUUCUUUUAAGAAGCGUUAUAUUGAGUUCUCUAGCUGAAAUUCAAUUGAGAGUGGAAACAUUUUUAGUGGAUAUUUAAAGCAAGAGGGAGUACUGAAUUGUAAAAAAUAA